CGUGUGGGGCGGGCCCCAGGCAGAGCGAGCCGGAGCUGGCGCCGGCUGCCAGAAGCUCGCGGGAGGCCGGCAGGGCGGCGCCAGGGCCGAGCAUCUCUGGCUAUAGCGCCGCGGCCUCUCUGCUUGCUGCACUACCUGGCACGGGCCAGGCGUCCGGAGAGAGAAGAUGUUUUCCCGGUUAAGAGCUGUUACCACUCCUUGCACUUUGACCUGCCGCCGAGUGCACCUGAAGGAGAAGGGCAAGCCACUCAUGUUGAAUCCAAGAACAAACAAGGGGAUGGCGUUUACAUUACAAGAACGACAAAUGCUUGGUCUUCAAGGACUUUUACCUCCUAAAAUAGAGACACAGGAUAUUCAAGCCUUACGAUUCCAUAGAAACUUGAAAAAAAUGACUAGCCCUUUGGAAAAAUACAUCUAUAUAAUGGGCAUACAAGAAAGAAACGAGAAACUGUUUUAUAGAAUACUACAGGAUGAUAUUGAAAGUCUGAUGCCAAUUGUGUACACACCAACAGUUGGUCUUGCCUGUUGUCAAUACGGACAUAUCUUUAGGAGACCUAAGGGAUUGUUUAUUUCAAUCUCAGACAGAGGUCAUGUUAGAUCAAUUGUGGAUAACUGGCCAGAAAAUCAUGUUAAGGCUGUUGUGGUGACUGAUGGAGAGAGAAUCCUGGGACUUGGAGAUUUGGGUGUCUAUGGAAUGGGGAUUCCAGUCGGGAAGCUUUGCUUGUAUACAGCAUGCGCAGGAAUCCAGCCUGAGAAAUGCCUGCCUGUGUGCAUUGACGUGGGGACCGAUAACAUGGCUCUACUGAAAGACCCGUUUUAUAUGGGCUUGUAUCAGAAGCGAGACCGCUCCCAGCUCUAUGACGAUCUGAUGGAUGAGUUUAUGAAGGCGAUCACUGACAGAUACGGCCGGAACACACUUAUUCAGUUUGAAGACUUUGGAAAUCAUAAUGCAUUCAGAUUCUUAAAAAAAUACCAGGAAAAAUACUGUACCUUCAACGACGACAUUCAAGGGACAGCUGCAGUUGCCUUGUCUGGUCUCCUUGCGGCCCAAAGAGUGAUUAAUAAACCAAUCUCAGAACACAGAAUCUUAUUCCUCGGGGCAGGAGAGGCUGCACUUGGAAUUGCGAAUCUUAUAGUCAUAUCAAUGAUGGAAAGUGGUCUCUCAGAAGAGGAGGCACAGAGAAAGAUCUGGAUGUUCGACAAGAACGGCUUGCUAGUUAAGGGCCGGACUGCUAGAAUAGAUAGUAACCAGGAACCAUAUGCUCAUGCUGCCCCAGAGAACAUACCUGCAACCUUUGAAGAUGCAGUAAAUAAACUUAAGCCUUCAGUUAUAAUUGGAGUGGCAGGUGCUGGCCCGCUUUUUACUCCUGGCGUAAUUAAAGCCAUGGCCGCUAUCAACGAGAGGCCCAUAAUAUUUGCUUUAAGUAAUCCUACAGCACAGGCUGAGUGCACUGCCGAAGACGCUUACACACUUACAGAGGGCAGGUGCUUGUUUGCCAGUGGCAGCCCAUUUGAGCCGGUGAGACUCCAGGAUGGGCGUGUCUUCACCCCGGGCCAAGGGAACAAUGCAUACAUCUUCCCAGGUGUGGCUCUAGCUGUUAUUCUCUGUGAAGCCCGACACAUCAGUGACACCGUUUUCUUAGAAGCUGCAAAGGCACUGACAUCUCAAUUGACAGAUGAAGAGUUAGCCCAAGGGAGGCUUUACCCAUCACUUGCUAAUAUUCAGGAAGUUUCUGCUAACAUAGCUAUUAAAAUUGCAGAGUACCUGUACGCUAAUAAAAUGGCUUUCCGAUACCCAGAGCCCGAGGACAAGGCCAAAUAUGUGAAGGAAAGGAUAUGGCGGAGUAAUUAUGUUUCCCUGCUGCCAGAUGUGUAUGAUUGGCCAGAAUCGUCAUUGAAGCCUCCUCAGAUACCAGAAUAGAAGCUUUCCCUUUAAGACAUUCCGUGCUGCAGGGACAAAAAGAUAAUAUUCUCUGAGUUACUGUGUCCUCUGGUUUAUUCCUCCGUACUACUUUGCUUGGCAUUUUUCCUGUGAAUCUCGCUUUGGUUGGGGACAGACAUGCUGACUAUGCUGCGGUGCCCACAGUCCAGUACUGGGAAUGCGUCAUUCAGUUCAGUGGGUCUCCUCGUGUGCUCUGCUUUGAGCUCGCCACGGUAUUGUUGCUGUUACGUGAAUGUCUCUCUUCUUCCACUCAGUCCUCUAGCACUGUGCAUAUGAGUACAACGUGUUGAGAAGAAGCUAAGUGUUCACCAAAUCCCAAAGAAAAAGUUGUUAGCACUUAAAAGCUGUUCUUUUUUUUUUCUUUUCUUUUUUUUUCCGGAGCUGGGGACCGAACCCAGGGCCUUGCGCUUGCUAGGCAAACGCUCUACCACUGAGCUAAAUCCCCAACCCCAAGCUGUUCUUUUCUAUAUACUUCAUUUCACUUUCUGCUCUGAAAUUCCUUUGUAGUAGACAGGUUUGGGGAAAUACGAAAACAAAAAAAGAUGCCAGUUUCCUAGAACUAAAUCAGUGCUAACUGUGACAUUCUAGAAGAGUGGGAGGAGCCACUGCUGCCUUUAGACAGACUGAACGGCCAUCUGCAACAGUGUACAAACCAGUUUUACUAAUAAAACCAAUUCCUUACGUUUAAUUGC